AUGGAUAUGAGCAUACAAAAAUCCAUUCCAGACCUGAUGUCCACACUUGAUAAACUAGAAGCUGAACAUCUGGAUACAUAUCUUGAAGAAUGGUAUAAUAAGGAUUUAGAUAAGAUAAAAACAGUAUGA